GGCGUAUCCACGUGAGAAGGGCGAUAUUAUAUUAGGACGCGAAACGUAAGUUUCUCCCAUUGUGUUCUUCCGCGCUACACUCGUCGUUUAAAACAACCGUAUAUAUAUAUCAGCACCAUGACCAAGCCUCCGUACAAAGUCGCCGACUUGUCGCUGGCAGAAUGGGGUCGCAAAGAGAUCACAUUGGCGGAAAACGAAAUGCCAGGACUGAUGGCGAUCAGAAAGAAAUACGGGGCGUCAAAGGUAUUGAAGGGCGCGCGAAUUGCUGGCUGUCUUCAUAUGACUGUGCAAACCGCAGUGCUAAUCGAAACUCUGGUGGAACUCGGUGCCGAAGUACAGUGGUCGUCCUGCAAUAUAUUUAGCACGCAGGAUCACGCGGCAGCAGCUAUAGCAAAGACCGGAGUGCCAGUGUAUGCGUGGAAGGGCGAGACCGAAGAGGAGUACGUCUGGUGUAUCGAAAAAACGCUCGUCUUUCAGGACGGUAAGCCGCUCAAUCUGAUCCUCGACGAUGGUGGCGACUUGACUAAUCUCGUGCACACUAAGUAUCCGCAGUAUCUGGAAGAAUGUCGUGGAAUAUCCGAGGAGACCACCACCGGAGUGCACAAUCUCUACCGUAUGAUGAAAGAGAAUACGCUCAAAGUGCCGGCGAUUAAUGUCAACGAUUCCGUGACAAAGAGCAAAUUCGACAACUUGUAUGGAUGCAGGGAGUCGCUGAUAGACGGUAUCAAGAGGGCAACUGAUAUCAUGAUCGCCGGAAAGGUGUGUGUGGUCGCCGGAUACGGAGACGUUGGUAAGGGAUGCGCGCAGAGCCUCCGAGCUCUGGGAGGUCGCGUUAUCAUCACGGAGAUCGAUCCCAUUAACGCGCUGCAAGCAGCCAUGGAAGGAUACGAAGUAACGACAAUGGAGGAAGCGUCUACGAAGGGACAGAUAUACGUGACAACUACAGGAUGUAAAGGCAUCAUAGUAGCUCGCCACUUCGCCUGCAUGCCGAAUGAUGCAAUCGUCUGCAACAUCGGACAUUUUGACUGCGAGAUCGAUGUCGCGUGGCUGGAAAAGAACGCCGUGGAAAAAACAAAUAUAAAGCCGCAAGUGGACAGAUACCGUUUAGAAAACGGCAGACAUAUUAUUCUUCUCGCGCAAGGUCGUUUGGUGAACCUAGGUUGUGCGACAGGACACUCAAGCUUUGUUAUGAGCAAUUCGUUUACAAAUCAGGUGCUCGCGCAGAUCGAACUCUGGACAAAAUCAGAUCAGUAUUCGAUUGGCGUGCAUAUGCUGCCGAAGAAGUUGGACGAAGAAGUUGCGGCAUUGCAUCUGGAUCACCUGGGUGUAAAAUUGACAAAACUGACCGUUGAACAGGCCAAAUAUCUGGACAUACCUGUGGAAGGACCUUAUAAACCCGAUCAUUACCGAUACUAGUACUUCAUGUUCAAGGAAUCAAUAAUAAAACAGUGGGCUAUUGAUAAACGCAUUUUAUAAAUAAAUUUGUUCUUUAAUAGCGACAACUAUCACA